UUUAUUUCGUGAUCCCUGAUGAUACUAGUAUAUAGUCCGACUAAAGAAAAAAAUUUCCAAGCAAGUUUAUUUUGUUGACUUUUUUUAGUCAAACCGUACAAUACCAGCGCAAUCAGCUCAUAUACAACAAUUAAUGACACGUCUGCAAUUCUUUAGAAGAAACACGACAUUUCAUUGUUUUCUUCACAUCCACUCCUUGAUAGCACGUUCUUACAAUAAUCGUACUCAAAAAUGGUUUAAAAAUGCAAGUAGUGGUGUAACAAUUGCUGGCGGUAUGAACGGUGCACCUGGUUCAACAUCAGAUAAAUUAUACAACUCAAAUAAUGUUUAUGUUGAUAAGGAUCAAAAUUUGUACAUAUCUGAUAGUCGUAAUCAUCAUCAUCGGUCGGCUGUGAACAAUCGAGUAGGAUCAGAUGUACGCGGUAGUGCAUUAAAUCAAAUCAAAACACUAGGAUUGAUUUGGUUAGAUUCUGAACAUCAUUAUAUAUAUGCAGCAGAUAUUGGUAAUCAGCGCAUUAUGCAAUAUUUGGUUAAAUCAAAUAUCGGUGAUAGUGGUCGAGUUGUAGCUGGUGGAAAUGGUCAGGGUAAUAGAAAGAACCAGUUAAGUGAUCCAUACGGUGUGUAUUAUGAUUCUCGAUCGCAUACAAUGUAUAAAUCAAAUACUAAUUUUAGACAUACAGUUGUAAAAUGGAAGUUAGAUGAUUCAAGUAGCACACUGAUUAUUGGCACACCUGGUACAGCAGGAUUAACAUCAAAUCAAUUAGAUUAUCCUGGUGGCGUUAUUGUUGAUGAUUAUGGUAAUGUUUAUGUUGCUGAUCAAUUAAAUCGUCGAAUACAAAUGGUCUGUCAUGGGUCAAAUGGUAAUGGAAUAACGAUAGCUGGUAUCAGUGGUAGAGCAGGAAGUGAUAACGAUCAAUUAAAUAAUCUAAAUGGGCUUGUAUUUGAUUCAGAAAUGAAUUUAUAUGUGGCUGAUUUACAUAAUAAUCGGAUACAAAAAUUUAUGAGAUUAAAGUAA